AUGUGCCCAACUAAGCGACCCAAGGGCGAUGAUACAAAGACCAAAACGUCUUCAACGACAUUGAAUUCUCGAUCCGACGGUCUUCAAAAGCGAGCUGUGACCAUAGAUUGCUCGGGACACUCUGGACACCCUCCUAUUUGGGAUGACUGCAAGCGACUGGCAGACCAGCUUGCAAACUACAAAUCUGAUAUUUUGGUGGACCCUGGCUAUUGUCACCAAGCAAGUUUUGGAACCUGCCUCGCCUAUUGCGUUGGUAACGGCGAGAGUGGGUAUGCCUUCGAUCCAUCCGCAGACAAUUUUGAAGUUGGGAUUGAGCACUCCGGAGAUGAGUUGCCUCCCUACCAGUGUUGA